GAUGUUGUCUUGAACACCGUCACUGUUAAUUAAUUAUUAAUCUGUAAUCAAAAUCAAAUCAAAUCAAUCAAUACCUACAGGCUACAAAUGUCAAAUAUUUAAAAAUGGUCAAUUUUCAUUUUGUAUUGAUUUUCAAAUUAAGAAUAUGAAAACUAAUGAUAUUGCUGUGGAGUUUAUGUUUAGGAUGUACUUAUAAAUUUUAUAUUAAUUUGGUGAAAACAAAUAAACAUUAACGUAAAUACGAUACGUAGCAAACAUGAAGAUUUUAAGUGCUAUCGGCUUUAGCGUUUUCCAAUUAUUUUCUUUCUUUUUUGUCAUUGCGUAUUUCUUCGGAAUACUAAACAAUUAUUUUAGUGAUAAAAACAAUUACUGUAUAAUGACUUACAUGUUUGAAUAUCCCCAGUUUGUGCGAAUAUCUGUUGAAGAAAAUAAGGAGUUUCCGCAGUAUGGCCUGUAUGCUUACAGUGAAGGAAGAUUCACAGAGAGAUCCAGGAAGAUGUGGUUUGAUGGCAUACCCGUACUGUUUCUACCUGGCAACUCAGGCAGCCACAUGCAAGUUCGAUCAAUAGCCUCUGUGGCUUUGAGAAAGGCCAUAUCCCAAGAAUAUGACUAUCACUUUGAUUAUUUUACAAUCAAUUACAAUGAAGAAUUAUCAGGAUUGUAUGGAGGAGUUCUUGACAGCCAAACACAAUUUGCUUCAGCAUGUAUCAAAAAAAUCCUAAGCCUCUACAAAAAUAAUAAAUACACUAAAAGUGUACCUACAUCUAUUAUACUGAUUGGACACUCCAUGGGCGGACUCAUAGCUAAACGUCUUUUAGCUUACCCAAGCACAAUCAAUGUAACCAGUGUGGCGAUAACCCUGGCAGCGCCAUUAGAAGCUCCGGUAGUGAACUUCGAUGCAAUUGUUAACGAUUAUUACAUACUGACCGAAUUGGCGUGGCAAAGAGAGAUACAUCAACACGAGGAGAUAAAAGAGACCAAGUUUUUGAUCAGUAUUGGCAGUGGACCUCGCGAUCUUUUGAUUCCCGCCGGACUGACGUCAUCGAACGACAGUUACAUCAGUGCUUUGACAACAUCCAUACCAGGCGUGUGGGUAUCACCAGACCACGUCAGCAUUGUGUGGUGCAAACAGCUCGUGAUGGUCAUCAAUCGGUUUCUCUUCGAUAUAGUCGACCCGUUGCUUGAACAAGUAACAGAGAACAGUUUGCUGAUUGGCGCAAAGGCCAGACAAUACUUUGAGGCAAAUCGGUCAAUGAUUAUCAAUCCAAGAAUAAAACGCAACAAUGUGACGAUGCAAGCAGACGCGUUUUGGUACGAAGACAACAGACGUAUUUAUCAAAUAUCACGUCCUGAGAUUGACAGAACAACUCAUUUAAUGAUAAGAUUAGUCAGUUUUCCACAAAAUAGAUUCGUAGCCGUGGAAACUGUCAAUGUUCAAGAUCAAGACUGGAUUUUUGGAUGCAAUGCGAAAAACGUUCAUAAUUCCUAUAGAUAUUGCAAGGAAGCGAUCUCGCUGAGCGAGCUAAGCCGCUGGACCGGCUCGAUCCCAGAGUUCGGCAAGAGGAAGCUGGCCACUGUAAAUCUGCACAAACUGACGGACCAACGUCCCGAUUGGACGCACGUCAUUGUUAGAGUAUCGCCGACCAACAAACCGGUAACAUUGAACGUUGACAUAAACGAUCACGCAUCAAGACAAAUAAAUGUGCAACUACCUUCAGACUAUUCAUUCGGCAAACAGAUGAUUAUAACUGAAACUGAAGCCAAUAGUUUGUAUUACGAGCUGCUUUUGCCCGAUUUCGGUGCCAUUCAUCAAGCCUAUUUGCUGUAUGUGGAGCCUACUGCGAGUUGCCAAGCCACAUCGUACCAUGCUUCUGCUGAACUGCACGUCCCUUGGGCAAAGAAUCACGAAUACUAUCAUUAUUUCACGCAUUUGAAGAAAUCUCCAAUGAAGCUACGCUUGUAUAAGAGCAAUCCGAACAUACUUAGAGGCAUAGAAUCAGACGAAAAAGUUAAGAUUACGCUUUUAUUGGAUCCACAGUGCACAUUCAGUAUUAGUAUAUCGACUUCAUGGUACCUUCGGAUCGCCCAGCUUUCACGUAACUACACUCCAGUACUGGUACCGUACGUGGCUGCUAUAAUACUGUUGGUAUUGAGGACUAACAUACUGAAGUUAAAGGACAACAAGGAUUGUAUCUCUAUACACAGCGCGUUGAUGAGCGAGGGGGUUAAACCGUAUUAUGCUGUUGUGUUUGGAAGAUUAACCACUAUGGUGUUGAUGUCUGUACCUUUAUUUGCGUACAUCUUUGUGAAUGCGAGCUCACAGAACAUGGAACUGCAAUACUUUGCACGCUCCAUGUUAGUGUUGCCAGCGUAUAUGACAGCUUUGGGCAUUUUGAACGUUGCCGCGUUGGCUGUGCUCGCAGUGAUGGUGUUUUGGUCGCAGUUGGCACAUCGGCUACUGUUCAGGAUCGUAUGGCGCGGAGGCCCGGGCCUAGCUGAAAGGAUGGCCUCCGGCCUACAGAAAGUCCCCAUGCUGACGAGUGCCACAUUAGUGUGCGCGGUGCCUUUGUCCUGUGGAGCAGCCUCCUUAGCCGCCGGCGCCGCUUUCUACGCUUUUCUGCUUUCUAAAAUGUAUGAAGAAUAUCUCGAAGACUACGUCUACCGGUUGGGAUCUAGACUGGCGUGCAGAAUUUUUAAAAUGUUUAUAUCAAAGAAAAAUACUCCCAAAACUGAGGUGAAUGCCUCUGUGGAAUCAACUUCGGAAAAUGUGAAUGUUCGAACAAAUGGCGAUAAUAAUGAAAACAUUAAUGAAAUAGACACAGGCGAAACAUCUGAGGAGGCAAGAGUCUCCAAUAAACCGGAAGAACCUAAGGACGAAAGUGACAAAAAAGAAACAAAAUCCAAUAGUGACGAGAACUUGAAUAACAUUAACUUUCACAUGUCGUUAUUCUUUAUGUGGUUGAUUGUGACGAUCGUUAAUGUACCGGCAUUGUUGACGUGGGCGCAUAAUUUCAAAUACAGCAUCAUAUUAAAACCAGAUACGUCCUACUUAAUUGGGAUUGUUAUGUCUGCCUGCUCUGCGGUUAUAUGGCAAAUGAAUGGCCCUAGAAAAAAUUUGAGGAAUUACGAUUCCGUAUCAACAUUACUAUUUUCAAUGGCAGUGCUGAUUCUAGCCUUGGGGCCGUAUACGUUGUUUAUUGUCAACUAUGGUAUAGCGUUUAUAUUCCUGGUCAUAACAGUACAGCAGUUGUAUGACAUUGAAGAACCUGUCAACGAAGUUAAUCCUGACUAUCUGAAUGAUGAUGUUGAUGAAGCUAGCAGCAAUCUACCCGGUGUGAAUAUAGCUGACGAAGACAAUGAAAAUGAAAAUGAAGAUGAUGAUUUUUUGUUAAACGAUGAACUCAACGGUGAAGGUCCUGAUGACUAUGAUGUAUGUGACGAGAACAAAAUGGCUUAUUUAUUGAGAAGCAUUAGGGAAAAAUUUGGUUUUGAUGAAGUUAAUUAAAUUAAUCAUCAAAUCCAAAAAUUAUGGAGUGUAACUAAAUAAGGUUGUAUUGAUGUUACAAGUAUAUGCGUACAUUAGUGAUAUGUCAGAUAUCCAUCUGUAUCGGAUAUCUGAGGCAGAAGAAAGUUCUGUAUCCAUUUACUUUUUGAUAGAUCUUAAACGGGUAUUUUAGCUUAAUAAUUUCGUUAUACAUUUUGUAAACUUGUCUACCACAACACAAAUUUUUUAAAAAACAAAACAUUGUCUAUGCUGUAUCCAUCAAUCUCUUAUUAACAAGUGGAUGCACAAUCAGCAACCAAAAAACGUCCCCACUCAAUGAGUGCCAAACACAUUCUUGGCACUCAAUCAAAGUAGUCACAUUUGCAAAUUCAACCAUAACCUCAAUACUUAGUCUCGUACUCUAGUUAAUUUGCUCAAGUAAAAAAACUGAUUUCUUUUUAUCAUUCAUGAGGUAAGUAAUAUUUAUAGAAUUUUGAAGUUUAUCUUGAAAAGAUAUGCAGAAUAGUCUACCGGAAACUAAUUUUGUAGAGCAUCUCAAUUACGAACAGACAAGGUGAUGCUUUGUUAUAGCAGUUGUCCACACAAAAUGCAAGCAUGAUGUGAGCUAUCUGCUCUUUCUAUAAACUGUAAUAUGUAUCAAAAUUUGGCAGUAAGGGGUCACCUGGCAAGUUUGCAAGCUGAGAGCAGUGUUAAUGUGAGGACAGUAACAAAGUUGUCAUUUGUCAUCAAAGUAUUAGAUUCAACACACAUUCGACCAUAGACACCAAUGGUCAUUAAAAAUGUUUGCAGUACCACUUUUUACACUGAAUUGUAUGGAUAUUAUCUAAAUGUCUAUUAAUACUCCAAUUUAAAUACAUUAUAUAGAAUUUAAGCCAAAUAAAUGUCUGUUAAUCUGGUAAUUACUUAUUGUAGGUACUUCAUGGUAGAUUUGUAAAAUAAGAUAUUUUUGUUGUUCCACUUUCAACAUUAUGUACUAAAGUUUUCAUUACCAUUUGCAAGUCGAGUGUGGUGGUAAUGUGGUGUGUGAAUGUGGCAGUAACAGAGUUCGCCAUUUGCCAUCACAGUAUUAGAUUCAACACACAUUUGACCGUAGACACCAAUGGACAUCAAAAAUGUUUACAGUACCACCUUUUACAAUCAAUGUAUUGUAUGUAUAUUAAUCUAAAUGUCUAUUAAUACUCCAAUUUAAAGAUAUUAUAUGGUAUUUAAGCCAAAUAAAUGUCUAUUAAUCUGGUAAUUACAGGUCGUGUGAAUUAACUUGACACCUGGCUCUAAUAAUGUUUGUACCGUGCUUGUUUGGUGGCCAUAUGUCAAGUUAAUACACACAAGUUAUACUUAUUGUACUUUAAGGUAGAUUUUUAAAAUAAGAUAUUAUUGUUUCUGAGCUUUCAAAACUAUGAAUGUAAAAAUUUUGUUUUUUUUAUUUAUAUUAAGUCUGGUCCUCACAUAUUUCAAAUCCCAAGGUUGCCUGGAUGAAAUCUCUAUAAAGUGUAAAGUACAGCUUUUCUAUAUCAAUCAAUCUCCUAUUAAAAAGUGGAUGCACAAUCAGCGAUCAAAAACAUUUCCACUCAAUAAGUGCCAAACAUAACUUCUUGGCACUCAAUUCAAAUAGUCGCCUUUGCAAAUUCAACCUUAAACUUGAAUUUGCUCAGAAUUUAGGAUUUUAUUGAAUAUUGGACUAUAUUUGAAGGCCUUUAGGUAUAAUUUUCUUUACCAAUAAUUCUUAAUCUAUCAAAGCAAAAUUGGCCAGUUUUUAAGUGAAAUUUUCUAGAUGAUUGUGCAUCCUUUUAUUAAAAGAGGUCAAUGACUUUAUCACUUAACAAUCUUAUGAGAAAAUUGAUUGAAGAUUAACUUAGAAGAUUGUACAAGAUAAUCUUCUUGGUGUAUCAAUUGUGGGCCUUUGGUAUUUUGCCAGCCCUGCCAUGCUAUGAUUAUUCCCGUUUAUUAACAUGAUUUGCAGUGUUUAUAUAAUACACUUCUGUGUACCAAAAUCUAUUUAAGUAUGUUUAGUUCUAUAUGCCAGAUGAUGAUUCUAAUUAUUAAUGUUUACAACAAAACAGACUCAAUAGUAAAAUUUGAUAAGAUUUGUUAAUUUACCUUUUAUUAUGAAUGCAUUGUCUUAUUUUCUAAUCAGAUAUUAAUGAAUGUAUAACAUAAUAAAUGUCUAAUCUAGUCACAAUAAAUGUAACUAGGUAUUAUAAACAUAUGCAUUAUCGAAUAAAAUUUGAAGUAUAGAGAAAACUUGAUGUUAGUAGCUCAGAAUACAGAAAACACCAGAAACCAUGUUCGGCCAUCAUUAUAAAAGACACGUUUUAUCUAAAAAUUGUACAUCACGCAACACAGCCUACACAGAGUGACCUGAUGGCUUCAUUUCUAUGUGCAAUCACACUUUCUGGGAGAUUUCUGUAUUUAUGAGGUUAGUAGUAAGGUAAAGCCUAAAUUGUGUCUAUGUACACUAUAUACUUUGAUAUGGAAGUUUAAACAAUGUAUUUUUGUUUAUUAAUUUAUUGAAUAAAACAAUUUUACCUUAAAA